AUGAGAUCCUCUAUCAACAGAUUUUUGAAUGGAGGCCGUGCAAACGAAAGCAACCAGCACCGGAUUACACGAAGCCAGUCGAACAACUCAUACCAGCAACUGCAAGAUGCGCAGAGGCGUGUCCAAGAGCUGAGCCAAGGCAAGCAAGACGCCGAGCGCCGCGUAUCAAACCUCAUAAACGCAUUGCGACGUCGCGGCGAUGACAUGGCGAAGAAAGAGUUGAGGAUAAAUAAGAUUGAGGCAGCUUUCCGCAAGUUGCAGAGCGACAACAAGCGACUGCGAGAAAAGCGUGACGAGUUGCAGAAGGAAACCAACGGCGUCGAAGCGGAGUACAGCUACAUUCUUGAAUAUCUCGUCAAGCCGUACGCAGUCAAGCGAAGGUUUGAGUUCCGGGACCUUACCGAUGAAUCCAUCGAGAAGGUCAUAGACCCGAUGCUGCGCGAUGCCAGUCAAGCCAAGCCUUUGCGGUCGGAAGUUCAGCGCCUGCGGACUCAAGUCCAGGAGCUCCAGCACGACAUGCUCGCCAAGGUCGACAAAGUGGAUACAAUAUCUGACGACCAGUUCGCUAAGGAAUUCCGCUCGCUCGCCUCAACCGUCAAGUCCUUUACCCGUUCGAUUCGCUUCGUCGCCCAGGUCAAUAUCAUAAAGGUUCUCGAUUCGCUCGUCUUGCUGAACAACACCUUGACCGAAGCCUGGAUCUGGUCCAUUCUGAUUUGCCUGGUCUUUAAGAACCCUUAUACUAUUUUCGGAGAGCAUUGCAAAGCACUCAACGGGGCAUGGGUACAGGUCUAUGGGGCAGAACAUGAUCAUGACUGGCCCAGUGCUUCUGUACAAUGUGAAGCAUGGCGGGUUAAGACAGUGGAGCAGCUAGUCGAGCAAACAAGCCGAGACAGUAUCGCACACGGAGAGUCAGGGCCCUCACCAGAGGGUUUGACAGCCAGUGUGAUCGAGAUCCGCACUCUUGUUACGACUGUCAUCGCUGGGCAUUUCGAGAUGUUAUCUCCCGGAUAUAAGGUAUCGGAAGUCAAUCUCAUUGUGGACAAAGCAUUUGCUUUGGCCAUACGGAUGUCCUUGCAGCGGUCGCGAUUCCAGGUCACCUAUCCGGCUAUCGGAGCUGAAUCCAAGGAAGAGAAGAUGUUGUCUGCCGAUGAUGAUGACGAUGAAGAGAUGGGGCUAGGGGUUGUGGCCUUCAUUAUCAAUCCGGGCCUCACAAAAUGGGGUGAUGUCCACGGAGAGCAUUACGACCAUUGUUGCGAGAUUGUGCCUGCACUCGUUAAAGUGGAGCCGAAAAGCCCAGGUCCUGACUUCGAAGAAGAUGAUUACACGGGUGCUGAUGCAGAGCCUGGGAUUAAACAAGAGCCUGAGUGGCUUUUCUGA